AUGCUUGCUGAAACCAUGCCAACAACUAUCAAAACUGGAAUAGAAAUUUCAGAAAAAAAUGAGUCGGUCGAUACUAGGUCCACGAAUACUUAUUCUGAAAAUUCUUACUUAGAAGAAUCAAAGAAUUAUUCACGUGACAUUGAAUCUCUAACAUUAAAUAGGUCAUUUUUAUUCAACUGGGUGUCUUCUAUGAAAGCAGAAGUAAAAGGUAUAGAACCAGUUACUGAUGAAGAAAAGACAGACACAAGCACUCUUAGUGCGGCAAAUACAUGGUUUUCUUCUAGUUUAGUCCUUUCCUCGUAUGCUGUAGGUGUUCUAGGUCCCUGUGUUUACGGACUAAACUUCGGUACUUCCUGUUUGACUAUACUGUUCUUUAAUAUGCUAGGUUCUAUCCCCGUUGGUUUUUUUUCUAUGUUUGGUGCCAAGACAGGAUUGCGGCAAAUGAUUUUAACACGUUAUUUAACUGGUAACUACACAGCCAGAUUUUUUUCUUUGAUAAACAUGAUAUCUUGUGUGGGGUGGUGUGUUUUAAACACAUAUUGUUCGGUACAACUACUAAACAUGGUUAACCACAAUGGACACAAUUGUCCACUAUGGGCUGGUUGUUUGGUCAUUGCCCUUGGCACAAUUACAGUUUCUUUUUUUGGUUAUUCUAUGAUCCAUCAGUAUGAAAAAUGGUCCUGGAUUCCCAACCUUGCAAUAUUUUUUGUAAUUAUUGCUCGGUUGAAAAUAUCUGGUAAUUGGAGUAAUGGGGAAUGGCCACACGGUCCAACCACAGCUGGAGGUGUAUUGUCUUUUGGAUCUGCUGCAUUUGGGUCAGCUGCAUGGACCACAUAUGCUUCUGACUACACUGUAUACGUUCCUCGUAAUGCUAAUAAGGCCAAAAUUUUCAUAAAUGUUUUUUCUGGAUUAACUAUAUCAUCAUGUUUUUCCAUGAUGUUGGGCGCUGCUUCAGGAAUGGGAGCAGUCAAUGAUCCUGAGUGGAUGGAAAUGUAUAACAAAAAUGCAGCUGGAGGACUGAUCUAUGCUAUAUUAGUUCCCAGAUCAUUACAUGGUUUUGGACAGUUUUGUUGUGUGGUCCUAGCACUAUCUGCAGUUGCUAAUAAUUUACCUAGUAUGUACACAAUUGCACUUUCUGCUCAAUCUUUAUGGUCACCAUUUGAAAAAUAUCCAAGGGCCAUCUGGUCCAUUGCUGGUAAUUUAGUAAUGUUGGGACUAGCAAUUCCGACUUGCUAUUUUUUCCCUACAUUUUUAGAGAAUUUUAUGAACACAAUCUCAUAUUACAGUGCAAUAUACAUUAGUCUGAUCUUAUCCGAGCAUUGUAUUCACAGAAGAGGAAAGUAUGAAAGCUAUGUGGUGGAAGAUUGGAAUAACCCCAAUAAACUACCGUUAGGAAUAGCAAGUGCCCUCGCAUUUUUCGUCAGUGCCUUUGGUGUUGCACUAGGGAUGUGUCAAAGCUAUUGGGUUGGAAAUAUCGCAAGAUUAAUUGGAAAAAACGGUGGAGAUAUAGGAUGGGAAUUGGGUGCUGCUUGGGCUUUUAUAGCUUUCAAUAUACUUAGACCAUUGGAAAAGAAAUUUAUUGGACGUUGA